AUGGACCCGCUUCACCCUUCCAAAACAUUUCGCGUUGAUGAAUCUAUAUCCCUCACACUCCACAAGACAUCGCUCAAAAUAACCGUGCCUGGGCCCAGGAAUAUAGAUUUAUACUCUAUCUUGAACGCCUAUAUCUCUGCAGAUGGUCUCACGAUAACCUACCUGGACGGAGAAAACGGUACUUCAAAUUCAACAGCACCAAUAAACGCGCUUCAAUAUCCAGUCAGCGCAGAGCAAAAAGAGCAAGCCACAGCCUGGAAAGAAAAUCUCCUGUCACACGCAUACGGUCAAGCGCAGCGAAGCAAGAGGCUCAAAGUUCUCGUCAAUCCAUUCUGUGGCUCAGCAUUGGAAAAAGUCCGCAAAUUCGCCGCGCCGAUAUUCGGCGCCGCCCAUUGCGAAAUUGACGUCGAGGAGACGCGGUACAGGGGUCAUGCUGGCGAGAUAGCCGAGAAUAUCGCUCUCGAUGCAUAUGAUGCCAUCGUAUGUUGUUCCGGAGACGGUCUGCCAUAUGAGGUGUUCAAUGGACUGGCAAGACGAUCUGAUGCUGUCGAGGCACUGUCGAAUAUGGCGGUGGCCAUGAUACCUUGCGGCUCGGGAAAUGCGAUGGCUUGGAACCUCUACGGCACGGAUGAUCCUUCACUGACUGCUCUGGGAAUCGUGAAAGGGGUGGAGAUGCCGCUGGAUCUGGUUUCCAUUACGCAGGGGACGCAGCAUACGGUUUCAUUUCUCUCUCAAGCGCUGGGUGUGCUGGCCGAUUGUGAUUUGAAAACUGAGCAUCUACGGUGGAUGGGAGAUACUCGUUUCAUUUAUGGUGUUCUUGCUACGAUCGCCAAGAAUACGAAGUAUUCUUGCCAACUUGCUUUUAAGCCUACAACGAGUGGAGGGGACAAGAAGGAGAAGGAGAAGGAGAAAACCGAGAAGAAGGAUCCUACGAAAUCUCAGAACUUUCCCACCAGUCUUCCUCUCCAAUAUGGCACCGUCUUGGACGAUAUUCCCGAAGAUUGGGAGAUUAUGCCCCGGGAGAGAUUAGCCAGCUUCUACACCGGCAACAUGAAGAUCGUCGCCAAGGAUACGAAUUUCUUCCCUGACGCGCAGCCAAAUGACGGCUUCUUGGAUAUCAUGAUGAUAGACGAUACAAUUGGAUGGGCUGCCUCCCUCGAAGCAAUCAUAAAGCUUCCGCAGGGCAAAUGCAAUCAUCUCCGAGAUGUCGAAAUGAGAAAGGUUUCGGCCUAUCGGUUGACGCCCUGGAAACCUGAUGGAGAUAUCAGUGUUGAUGGUGAAAGGUAUCCAUUCGAAGCCUUUCAAGUAGAGGUUCAUCAAGGCUUGGGUCGAGUACUCUCGAAAUCUAGGGAUGAAUAUCAGGUAGUGGGCUAA